AUGCGGCUCAAAACACAAGCUCGGUCGAUACCGUCCGUCUUAGCUCUUCUCCCGUCGCUGUCUGCCGCGUUCUAUCUCCCUGGCGUUGCGCCCACUUCCUAUGACGAAGGGCAGUCGGUUCCGCUCUAUGUCAACCAUCUCACUCCGAGCCUAGCACAACAGGAUGAGCAACUGCACUCCGUAUUCUCCUACGAUUACUAUCGCCCCGAGUUCCGCUUCUGUGCUCCCGAAGAUGGCCCCAAGGAUGUGCGCGAGUCGCUAGGAAGCAUAUUGUUUGGAGACCGGAUCCAAACGUCGCCGCUGCAGCUGUACAUGGGGAAGAAUGAGACCUGCAAGGCCGUUUGUAAUGAGGUCACGUUUGACGCUCGCAGCGCAAAGUUCACCAACCGCCGAAUCGCCCAGGGUUACAACGUCAAUUGGUUGGUCGAUGGCCUUCCCGGCGCCCAGCUGGAUAUAGAGUCGGUGACCAAGACCGAAUUCUACAACCCCGGGUUCUCCUUGGGUUCAUUGGAUGAGAGUGGUCAGUCCUUGCUGAACAACCACUUCGAUAUUUUCAUUGAAUACCACCGGGUGGGGUUUGGAAGUAAGGACAAGUUCCGUGUGGUCGGAGUCCUCGUGCAGCCAUCCUCUCGCCGCAACUCGAGGGCCCUGGAAGAUGGCACUGUGGACUGCGGCACCGAAGAGGUUCCGGUCACGUUGAAUGAGGAUGGCGAGACCACGGUCACUUGGACCUAUGGCGUGUACUGGCGAGAAUCGUCGACCCCUUGGGCGACGCGCUGGGACAAGUACCUCCAUGUCUACGACCCGAAGAUUCACUGGUUCUCCCUCAUCAAUUCUGCCGUAUUUGUCGUCUUCCUGGUUGGUAUGGUGAGCAUGAUUCUCGUCCGCGCCUUGAAGAAGGAUAUCGCUCGCUACAACCGGCUGGACAUGAUCAACCUGGAGGAUCUGGACGGAACCUCGGCCGCGAUGGAGGACGGUAUCCAAGAAGAUUCGGGUUGGAAAUUAGUCCAUGGCGACGUGUUCCGAUGCCCUCAGUCUCCUUUGCUUCUUAGUGUCUUGGUGGGCAAUGGCGCCCAGCUUUUCAUGAUGACGGGAGUAACAGUUGUAUUUGCUCUUUUCGGUUUACUCUCCCCCGCCAACCGCGGAUUCCUAGCCACGGCCAUCCUGCUGAUCUACACGCUAUUCGGAUUCAUCGGCGGGUAUGUUUCUGCUCGGGUGUACAAGUCCUUCGGUGGAGAGUCAUGGAAGCGGAACAUUGUAAUGACACCAGUGUUGGUGCCCGCACUGAUCUUUGGCGCAUUCUUCCUGCUCAACCUGUUCGUCUGGGCUAAGGGCUCAAGCGGAGCUGUGCCAUUCACGACAAUGCUCGCCCUCGUCCUGAUCUGGUUCGUGAUCAGUGUUCCGCUGAGUGUGGCGGGUAGCUGGCUAGGCUUCAAGCAACGUGCGAUUGAAGGACCGACCAAGACCAACCAGAUCCCUCGACAGGUUCCCCCUAUGACUGGCAGCCUACGUACCGUCCCGUCCUUGCUCUUGACGGGUAUCCUGCCCUUCGGAGCGAUCUUUGUGGAGUUGUACUUCAUUAUGCACUCGUUGUGGACGAACAAGAUCUAUUACAUGUUCGGAUUCCUGUUCCUCUGCUACGGCCUGAUGAUCAUGACUACGGCGUCGACGACCGUGCUGUUGGUGUACUUCUUGCUCUGCGCGGAGAACUACCGGUGGCACUGGCGGGCGUUUGCCGGAGCAGGUAUGACGGGCGGUUACGUGUUCUUGAACGCACUUCUGUUCUGGGCCACUCGAGUGAGCUUUGGUGGUCUGACGGGAGCGGUGCUCUAUGUGGGCUACUCAGCCUUGAUUGGCUUUGUGGUGUUUAUCCUGACUGGAUCUAUUGGCUUUUUCGCCAGCUGGGCAUUUGUGCACCGUAUCUAUGGAUCUAUUAAGGUGGACUAA